GUGGAGCGAGAAAUAGCUAUUCUGAAGCUCAUAGAACACCCACACGUUUUAAAGCUACACGAUGUCUACGAAAAUAAAAAAUAUCUGUACCUUGUGCUAGAACAUGUGUCGGGAGGUGAACUGUUUGACUACUUGGUGAAGAAAGGCAGGUUAACACCUAAAGAGGCAAGGAAAUUCUUCAGACAGAUCAUGUCUGCCCUGGACUUUUGCCACAGUCAUUCUAUAUGCCACAGGGAUCUAAAACCAGAGAACUUGUUGCUAGAUGAAAAGAACAACAUCAGGAUAGCAGACUUUGGCAUGGCCUCCCUUCAGGUUGGAGACAGUCUGUUGGAAACGAGCUGUGGAUCUCCACAUUACGCCUGUCCAGAAGUAAUCCGGGGAGAGAAGUAUGAUGGAAGGAAAGCAGACGUGUGGAGCUGUGGGGUCAUUCUUUUUGCUCUUUUGGUGGGAGCCCUGCCGUUUGAUGAUGACAACUUAAGAAAUCUUCUGGAGAAAGUGAAAUUGGGGGUGUUUCAUAUGCCACACUUCAUCCCACCAGACUGUCAGAACCUUCUCCGUGGCAUGAUUGAAGUAGAUGCUUCCAAAAGACUAACGUUAGAACAGAUCCAGAAGCACACAUGGUACAUAGGGGGGAAAAAUGAACCAGAGCCAGAGCAGCCCGUGCCCCGGAAGGUGACCAUCCGCAGCCUGCCAUCUGCAGAUGACAUUGAUCCAGACGUACUGGACAGCAUGCACUCCCUGGGCUGCUUCAGAGACAAAAACAAACUACUGAAAGAUCUGCUAUCAGACGAUGAGAACCAAGAGAAAAUGAUCUACUUCUUGUUACUGGAUCGGAAGGAGAGGUACCCCAGUCAAGAAGACCAGAAUCUCCCUCCUCGCAAUGAGAUUGACCCUCCAAGGAAGCGGGUGGACUCUCCCAUGUUGAACCGUCAUGGCAAAAGGAGACCAGAGAGGAAGUCCAUGGAGGUCCUCAGUGUUACAGAUGGAGGAUCACCUGUCCCAGCCAGGAGGGCUAUCGACAUGACACAGCAUGGACAAAGGUCGCGAUCUAUUAGUGGAGCCUCCUCUGGCCUUUCCACCAGCCCCCUCAGCAGCCCGCGGCCUGUCAGAAAAUUCUGUGUUCCACCUCAGUCUCCGGACUUUUGCCAGUCCCCAAACUCCAGUCCCUGCCCAUCCCCUGAACCUUUUCCAAAUCGCACAGGCCCCCGUAUCUCCACGCCCAACUCGUUGGCCCCGAACAGCGAACCCUUACCUGAGGCGCUCAACAAGACACAGACACUCCCCGCCAAGCCCAAAGUUGCUCCGAAGCCUCUCCAAGCCACGCGAUCGAACCCUCUGCCUGAAACCGUACCCGAUCCAGAAAGCGUAGCCAAAUCAGAGCCCUCCACUCCCUGCCAGCCUCCAUCGCAGCCCCCCUCUGCCUCUGUGCCUCCUACUCCAACAUCUCCAUCCUCCCCAUCCCCGUUUUCCCCCUCAUCCAUCACCAGUCCUUCCAUCCCCAACAGCCCCCAGGUGCGGCGCUCUCAUUACAGCGCCAACCCCCAGCUCUCUGUGCCCUUCAGCCCCGCGGUGCCCCUCUCUCCCAUCCGGCUGCACCACUUUCACCCCGUAGCCCCAGCUCCCUCCCCGUUUACUGACCACCCGCCCAAAUCUAUCCCCCUCAUACAGGUUACCCCUCACCCCUCUCCUCGAGGCAGCCCCCUCCCAACCCCAAAGGGCACUCCGGUGCACACACCCAAGGACAGCCCCGCCGGCACCCCCACGCCAACACCGCCGCCAAGCCCGUCCAUCGGAGGCAUGCCUUGGAGAACACGCCUCAACUCCAUCAAGAACAGCUUCCUGGGCUCACCCCGCUUCCACCGCAGGAAACUCCAGGUUCCUACACAGGAGGAGAUGUCCAGCCUCACACCAGAGUCUUCCCCAGAACUUGCCAAAAAAUCCUGGUUUGGUAACUUCAUCAACCUGGAAAAAGAGGAGCAGAUCUUUAUUGUUAUCAAAGACAAACCACUCAGCUCUAUCAAGGCAGACAUUGUUCAAGCCUUCCUUUCGAUUCCCAGCCUGAGCCACAGUGUCAUCUCUCAAACCAGUUUCCGAGCAGAGUACAAAUCCACAGCCGGCCCCACUGUCUUCCAAAAGCCAGUCAAAUUUCAGGUGGAUAUCACCUACACGGAGAGCACAGCAGCCACAAAAGAGAAUGGCAUCUACUCAGUCACCUUCACCCUGCUCUCAGGACCGAGCCGUCGCUUUAAGCGAGUGGUCGAGACGAUUCAGAGCCAGUUGUUAAGCACACAUGAUCAGCCUGGAGUCCAACAGUUGUCCGACGAGAAGAAUGGCCAGGUGACCUACAACUCUGGCACACCCUCCAAGCAUUGCCCCUCACCCAUGCACGUCCGGAGGCACGAGUCAGAAAAUAAUGACACCAAAUUCCCAACUGCAGGCCGAGACAGAGCCAAGUUGUCGAUUGCAACUGUGGUGACGCUGGAGGAGUCUUAG